AUGUCCGAGGUUCGCAGUUUUACAGCUCGUCCACUAUCAAAACAACAGGCGCGAAAAGAUCUUAAAGAUGCCUUCCGUGUCUAUCUAUCUUCUUCUUCGUUAGCUGCGCUAAGGCUUCAAACAGAAAGCAUUUGCAUUCUGAGGCAGGCCGAUGGGCCACCCAGAACGGCCAUCGCUUGGUAUGCGGCCGAGAACAUCCAGAACACAGUGAUGCAAAUAUCCAGAACUCUUCAGGAUUGUUACGAGAUCAAGAUUGGGGAGAAAGUCUCUAUCACCAGGGCUGAAGGCCCCUUAGAAGACAUCGACCUGGUGACGUUGGCGGACUGUUCAGACCCCGAGAAAAUUGCCAAACAUGGCUCGAUCCUGGAUAAGGACAGGUCUCACUGGGAAUGGGCCUUGGAUGAGAAGCUUCUCAGAUGUGGGUGUUUGACUACGGGAUUGGUUUUUGAGCUAGAGCUCAAAGGCCAAGCUAGGAGUUUCCGAGUGAUCAGCAUACGUUCUCAGAAUUCUCUUUCUAGUCAUACCCUAUUUCAAUUCACAGAGGCUUCGAGGAUCUCCCUAGGCCCCGUCACAGAAGAAAGAGAAGAAAGCACAUCGCACAUUCAGGUUCAACCUGCCGGCCUUGGAGGCCUCUCCCGCCAGAUUGAGCAUAUCAAUGAAAGUUUAUCCGACUUCAACCUGGAUCCCCGAAAGCCGGUGAUGCCAUCGUUCUACGAGACCAGCCGGGGGCUUCUACUUUAUGGUCCGAAGGGCACUGGCAAAACAAGCCUUCUGGAACAGAUCGAGAAGGCUGGUUGGAGGCAGACAUUCAAGAUUGGCGCGUCAACUCUUGGUAGAAGCGUUGGCGAGGGCGAGCUCAAAUUGCGCAACAUCUUCCAAGAGGCGGCUCGCGCUAAGCCCAGUGUGAUUAUCAUCGACCAAUUGGAAUUCAUUGCUCCCAAGCGAACCUCGAUUGAGUCACAGUCACUUGCCUCUGUCCUAUGUGAGAACCUAGAUGCUAUUCGGAAUUCCUCCAUUCUCGUGGUGGCCGCAACGAGACACCCCAAUCAAGUUGAUGACGCUCUCAGGACCCCUCAUCGACUUGGGACAGAAAUCGAGAUACAGAUUCCUACUGCUCGGGAUCGAGCCGAGAUACUACAUGCCAUUCGUGGGCCGGUAUCCGCUGGCUUGACAGACGAGCUUGUGGAGCUACUGGCCGAAAAGACACACGGAUAUGUUGGGGCGGACCUUUUCGCCCUCUUGCAAUUGAUUUGUCGUAAAGCUCGUCAACGGCAACUAAUUGGACCAAGUUCAACAGCGACAUCGGGGAAUCCCACAACCGACACGUAUAGCUCGCAUCAUGGAGACUCCAACCAUGAUGACUUGGCCGUUCCAUUGGAGAUACAAGAGACGGAUAUUCUGCUUUCCCUGCAAGAAAUUCGCCCAACGGCCAUGCGGGAAGUGUUUUUGGAAACCCCAAAGGUGAGAUGGUCAGACAUCGGUGGACAGCACGACAUCAAGAAACGACUCCAACAAGCUGUCGAGCGGCCCUUGAAGUAUCCCCAGCGCAUGCGCAGACUUAACGUGAACAGUAAAAAGGGAGUUCUGCUUUAUGGGCCUCCAGGCUGUUCCAAGACACUGACAGUCAAAGCUCUAGCCACAGAGGCGGGAUUGAACUUUCUGGCUGUCAAGGGCGCAGAGAUUCUCAGCAUGUAUGUUGGAGAGUCCGAGCGAUCAUUGAGGGAAAUAUUCAGAAAGGCCCGGGCAGCCCGGCCCAGUAUCAUCUUCUUUGACGAGAUUGAUGCCAUUGCUGCUCGACGUAGUAGUGGUUCGGGGGGAGUCAAUGUUCUUACAACUUUGCUGAACGAAAUGGAUGGCAUCGAGGAGCUCCGAAACGUGUUGGUCAUUGCUGCAACCAAUAAGCCCGAUGUCCUGGACCCCGCACUGAUGCGCCCGGGGCGACUGGACAACAUUCUUUACAUUGGACCCCCGGAUUUUGAGGCACGCAGAGAAAUCUUACGCAUUUGGGCCAAGAAGUCUGUGGUGAACCCAGAAGUUGAUUUGGACAAUCUAGCGUCCCUGACCGAAGGUUAUUCUGGCGCCGAGAUUGUGAGCAUCUGUGAAACUGCUGGAGGUGCAGCACUUGACGAGGAGGAGGAGACACAGCAGGAGCUAGAUGUGCAGUGGAAACACUUUGAACAUGCACUAGGACAAGUACGGCGGCAGAUCACGGAUGCUGUCAUCCAGGAGUAUGCGAGGUGGAGAGAGGGCUAG